CAAGUUCGAGCCCACGCUAUGGUGCGGCGCAUUCAACUCGGUUCACAUGACAACAUCAACGAGUUCGAGCCCACGCUAUGGUGCGGCGCAUUUAACUCGUUACACAUGACAACAGGCAGGGUGCUAG